UUGUGGUCGCUCCGGCGGCGCGCAGCGAAGAUGGCUGAGAGGCAGAAGCACGACGGGCGGGUGAAGAUCGGGCACUACGUGCUGGGGGACACCCUCGGGGUCGGCACCUUCGGCAAAGUCAAGAUUGGAGAACACCAGCUGACAGGACAUAAAGUAGCCGUAAAAAUUUUAAAUAGACAGAAAAUUCGGAGCUUGGAUGUGGUUGGGAAAAUCAAGAGAGAAAUUCAAAACCUAAAACUCUUUCGGCACCCUCAUAUUAUCAAACUAUACCAGGUCAUCAGUACUCCAACUGAUUUUUUUAUGGUAAUGGAAUAUGUAUCUGGUGGCGAAUUGUUUGAUUACAUCUGUAAGCAUGGACGUGUGGAAGAUGCGGAAGCUAGACGCCUUUUCCAGCAGAUUCUCUCUGCAGUGGAUUACUGUCACAGGCAUAUGGUUGUCCACAGAGACCUGAAACCAGAGAAUGUGCUGCUGGAUGCACACAUGAAUGCCAAGAUAGCUGAUUUUGGGUUGUCGAACAUGAUGUCAGAUGGUGAAUUUCUGCGAACCAGCUGUGGCUCCCCAAACUAUGCAGCUCCUGAAGUCAUCUCCGGAAGGUUGUAUGCUGGGCCUGAGGUGGAUAUCUGGAGUUGUGGUGUUAUUCUCUAUGCUCUUCUCUGCGGGACGCUGCCAUUUGAUGACGAACACGUUCCCACACUCUUUAAGAAGAUCCGUGGAGGUGUUUUCUACAUCCCCGAAUACCUCAACCGUUCAGUUGCCACUCUCCUCAUGCACAUGCUGCAGGUUGACCCACUCAAGCGAGCAACCAUCAAGGACAUAAGAGAACACGAGUGGUUUAAACAAGACUUGCCCAGUUACUUGUUUCCAGAGGAUCCUUCUUAUGAUGCCAAUGUCAUUGAUGAUGACGCAGUGCGGGAAGUUUGUGAGAAGUUUGAGUGCACAGAGUCGGAGGUGAUGAACAGCUUGUAUAGUGGUGACCCACAAGACCAGCUUGCAGUAGCUUACCACCUUAUCAUUGACAAUCGGAGAAUCAUGAACCAAGCCAGUGAGUUCUACCUCGCCUCUAGUCCACCCACUGGCUCAUUUAUGGAUGACAGCACUAUGCACAUACCUCCGGGGGUGAAACCGCACCCAGAGCGGAUGCCUCCUUUAAUAGCAGACAGUCCCAAAGCACGGUGUCCCUUGGAUGCACUGAAUACUACCAAGCCAAAAUCUCUGACUGUGAAAAAAGCCAAGUGGCAUCUAGGAAUCCGCAGUCAAAGCAAACCGUACGACAUUAUGGCUGAAGUGUACAGAGCUAUGAAACAGCUGGAUUUUGAAUGGAAGGUGGUGAACGCUUAUCAUCUUAGAGUGCGUCGAAAGAAUCCGGUGACCGGGAAUUAUGUGAAAAUGAGUUUACAGCUUUACCAGGUUGACAAUCGCAGCUAUCUUUUGGACUUUAAAAGCAUUGAUGAUGAUGUCAUGGAGCAGAGGUCAGGCUCAUCCACACCACAGCGCUCAUGCUCUGCAGCUGGCUUGCACAGACCAAGACUGAGUAUUGAUUCUACCACUGCUGAAUUCCAGUCGCUUACUGGAUCCCUGACUGGCUCCUUGAUGGGGAGCGUGGCCUCCGUUACGCCACGCCUGGGUAGCCACACAAUGGAUUUUUUUGAAAUGUGUGCCAGUCUGAUCAUGGCAUUAGCUCGCUGAUGCUCAGUGCUGAGGCACCUGUCCCUCGACAUGCGUGAUUGCACUGAGAAUCUGGUCCUAGCUUGUUUCUUUUUCCGUUUGUUUGGUCAUAUCCUGGGCAUAGCGUACACUGUCAUGCACAAACACCCCCUCCAGCCCCAAAUACUCCCUUCCGUGGCUCCAGUUCCCAUUACAAAGCACUGAGGGAACUAGUGUAAUAAAUGAGACAAACCUGUUUUUAGUUUCACCACAGUAUAAACCAGACUGCUUUUACUAGUGAAGAUGAAUGGGAAGAACCGGGCCCGAUUUUAAAACAGAUACUGCAUCAGUAAGCAACCCUUCCCGAAGUGCUGCCUACCUCUACAUAUGGAAACUUGGCUGAGCCUCAAUAUCUACAAUUCUCUAGUGACAUAUAUAUUGUAUCCCCAGUGCUAUUCAAGGGGGCUCACACGGGUGAACCAGAUGAGCGGUAUAAACAAAUAACUAUAUUAAACAAAAUCCAGCUCUAAUAAAACUCCUGCAAUAUUUACAAACUGAUGCCAGCCAGUCUCUGAAUAGCUCUGGCAUAAAAACCAGCAGCUGCGUAGAGGUUUCUGGGAUCUUGGAACAUGCAACCCUAUUUUAGAUAUCAGGUGGCAGAAGUGCAGGGUCACACAUAAGGCACGGCUCACACCCCUCAGAGACCUUCACACAUUAAGGCUUUGAGUUAGAGAGAGCUGUUUCCCCAGAAGAUUUCCCCCUCCCUCCUCCUGCUUUGGGUCUAUGGAAUAGUCCUGGCCUGGUGGCCUCCUUUUAAUGUUCAAGGCUGCUUGGUUUUUCCCCCUCUCUGGCCACCAAUUGCAUUGCACAAUAUAUACUCAACCUGCUUUUGGUGACGUUAGGGCUCCCGUAAAUUACUACAAGCCUCGCCUCACCUCCUACCAAAUAUUUCAGAUAGCUGUCUUGUAAGCAGCACAGAUUUCUGACCUGGGGAAAAAUUCUUAACGUCUCAGUAGAUGAAGCCGAUGCCAAGGUUUGUGCAACGCUCUGUUUAACAUUUCUGAGCGGUGAGAAAUAGUCACUGGUCUCCAUUUCAGGGUAUCAGCCCUCCUGAGCAGAAGCAAGUGUCGGGGAGGUAGAGGGACUGGGUGGAGGGAGCCAUUAGAACACACUAUACUGAAGGUACUUGGUAGGAGCAAAGGAAAAAAGAAUCUAGAAGAGGGAUUUCUGCAGGGAGAGAGAGCCUGAGAGAUUGUUGGGGAGUUGACACUGUCUGGGUGGUAUUAUCAAGGACAGUGGGAACAGGGGAGUCGGGGGGGGGGGGGAGGAGGAGGAGAAGAGAACCACUCCAAUCUGCUCCUCACCCCAUUAGCUGCCCAGGGUCAUCCCAAUCCUCGUUCAGCCCAUAAAUGACAAAUAGCUGGAUUGCUUAAGUGGUAGUGGCAAUUUUCCUUUGUGAAAUGCUCAGGCACAUGAGAGUUUCAGUAGGGUUUAUAUUUCAAAUGAUCUUUCUCAUAGCAGGUCCUUUUCUUUAUCCUUGAUCCCUUUCCCAAGUCAGCUGCCAAAUGUACCUUACCAGUCCUACAGUGUAGAGAGUCCCCCUCUUGUACUGUUUCAGGAUAGUCAGCAGUUAAGUUUCAAAGAGGCGUUCCAGACCGUAGGGCUUUCAUGUACUUUUAACACUUAAUAGACUGUGACCUUCGCUGCUAUAGUGAUAAGGCAGGGAUGUCUUAUGGAUUUAUUAUUUCUUUACAAUUGGCUAACUGAAGAAUAAGCUUUUGCUAAAAUAAAGAGAGGGAUGUGUAAUGUUAAAAGUUGUGUUACACAAGGGUAAACGCCACGUAUGGACUUUUACCAAAACAUUUUUUUUUUAAAAUUACUUAGGCUUAAUCUAAUGGGUACCAUUGGCAUUUGCCUACUUUUGCUAUGGUAUUUAAUUCCUAUCACCUGACUAUCAGAGACCAGGGUCAAACUAAUCAAGUCAAGAAACAGACACUACAUGAAAACAUUGCCAAAAAUCUUGACUCCAUUUAAAAAAAAGUAAAAGGAGAAUUUUGGCAAGGGGGCUGCUUCCACAUUAGUGAAAACGAUCAUCAUUCUACUUGUAAGGCUAUUAAAAACAGUCAUAAGGUUCUUUGGCUAGGAACUGUUUAUUGCGUUAUUAAACUCCACUAUACAUCCUGAAAGUUUCUAUAAGAAGCAAGUAAAAAUCAUCAUACGUUGGGCCUUUUGUCUUAAUCAUUUGAGAUAAUGUAGACAAAUUGGGAUAUUUUGCUAGCUACUUGCCAUUAGUGAGACGCUUUCAGCUUAAA